AUGCCGAGAGGGACAUUGUGUCCAGGUCAGCCAGACCAACACCCAGGAGGCGGUCAGGUUCCCUGUUUUCCCAAUAUUGAUUCCCUUGUGGUAUGCAGCCCGAGGACCAGCUUUGAGCUUCCAGAAAGCCGCCCUGCCGGGCCUAAGGCUCCCGGUUUGAGGAACAAGCUGGGUUCCAAGGACACGGUUCAUGCGGGAAAGAGACGGGGCUUGGAAGGGAACUGCGGAGAUCCAGCACGGGAUGUGUUGAACCUGCGCGGUCCCGGGGCGCCGCGUCCAAGCGGGCUCCUUGGCUAUUUCCCCGGGGCAGCUCACGGCCGGCGGUGGCGCCUUGGGCCGUGUCCCCGGCGUAACCCUCCCGCCCGGCAGACUGCGAGCUGUUUACACAGCUUUACCUGUGCUAUCCUAGCACCGGGCACCCGGCGGUCGCAGCGUGGACGCGUGCGGCCCAGCGAGCGGGGCCGCUGGGGAGGCGCCCCGCGGGGCAGUCCAGACCCAGGACUGGCUUCUCCGUCCUGGACCAGGACCUGUUUCUGCUCUCAACUUGCCCCCCGAGAACUCCCACACCCACGAUCAAACCACCGGGGAAGGGAGUCGCCACUUAACCUGGUCCUCCCCGCCCAGCCUCUCCUUGCCGAGCGCCCUGGUGUCGGGCGCAGGCAGCGCAAGGAAUCGAAUUAAACGCCUCUUGGCGGUUA